AAGCAGCACUCAUCAGCGGCUCUGUCGCCAUGGUAACGGUUAACCAAACCAAACGCAGACCUGCUGUUUGCUCAUUUAUCUUCACCACGACAUAAUCUGACACAAUAAUCCACAGAUAUGGAGGAACACGAUGAGGAUCCAGGAGAGGCGUCUGUCACCUCUGUGCUGUCCGAAAAUCAGGAGGCAGAGAGCGGGGUCUCCACACAGGAGGUUAAGGAAGACCCCGAAAAGGAGGUCAGUGAGGAGAUCAAGGAGGAGAAGGACAAGGAAAGUGAAAAGCUGAUCGUUCCUCAGAGGCUGAUCAACCUUCAGAGAGAUUUGAGCGCGUUAGUGACAAACAUCCAAACUGCAGCUGAUGCCAAAGAGUCGACGCGAAGGACAGAGUUGGAGGAAACUCGCAGACUUAGAUUGGAGUGGCUAGAGAAUGAUGCAAGAUCCAGCAAGGAAAAAUUUGAGGAGAUCAGCAAAGGCUGGUCGAUAGAUAAUCAGAAGCUGAUCGCUCAGGAGCUGCAGGAGGUCCUGAACAACCAGCAGAAGUUAUGUUCCGCUCUCGUAGAAGACAAGAAAAAACUCAUAAAUGACUUGCAACAGGAGCUGAAGGUUGCAGAUGAUCGUUAUGUGAAGGACUUGAGGAAGCUGGCAGAGGAGCUGGACCUGAUGAUAGAGAGGAUGGAGGGCCAGAUCAAUACCCUGACAAAGGCUUACAGGGAGGAGGUGGUCCAGAUGAAGAGAGUUCAUCAGCAGGAGACUGAACUGAUGUUCACAAAAGACAUGACCAAAUGGGAACAAUCCAGGAAGGAACUUUUGGACAAAGAGCUGGAGAAUGUGAUGGAGUGGAAGAAGAAGGUGGAGGAGUAUGAAGAGAAAAUUCACAAUCUGAGUUUGGAGACUGCCAACAAGUGCAGCAGCAUCGACAUGGAACUGAAUGCACGGUUUCAGGAUGCGGAGAAAAAAGGUCAACACACAAAAGCCACCAACCUGAUCACGCAGCUAAAAAGAAGUAAGACUGACCAUGAGGCAAACAUUCACAAAAUGAAAAUGACCAUGAUGCAGAGCAGGUUCACCAGUGUUAGGAAACGUUUAAAGAAACAAAUGGAGAUGCUUGCCAGUAAGAAUGAACAGUUGAAAAAGAGGGAUCAGGAUAUGACUGAGGAGUACAAACACAACAUCCAGCAGUUUGAGCGCUUAAAAAAGAAAACUAAGCACAUUGUUGCCGCCGAGGCUAGAAAAUUUGAGGAGAUGUGGCUAAUGACUGAAGCGGAGUUGAAGCAACUAGUGGAGAGGGCUUUGCUCAUUGACUCGCUGAUCUAUAAGGAAAACUUUGGUUUAGCCUGGGAGCGACCUCAUAUGGCGUUCAUGGAGAUCUCGGGUCCCAUCCAGACUCAGAAACAGCAGGCCGUCUCCCAGUCGUUUCAAACCGGGCAGGCUUUACAGAGGAAGGUGGACGCUUCAGUCGGGCCUGACACCAAGAGCACGGACGUGGAAAUGUACAAGGACGGGACGGAGGUGCAGAGUGAGAGUGGAUCAGAGGUGGAGGAGGGGGAGUUGUCGAUGGAGACACUGAAGAAAGUGAAAGAGCUGCUGUGUGAUGAGUCGGGCUUCCUAAUGGAGGACAAACUCUGGAAGCUGCUGGCUCCCCUGGAGAAGGACGAACAGACCAUUGUGAAGCUGUGCUCUCUCCUUUGUUCUCUUGGUUUUGAAAGGGACGAUAUGCCCAGAUUGGCUCAUUUCUUAAUAAAGUACAAACAUCAGCAGGCUGAGGAUGUCUCUGUUGAGUCGGGUGACUUCAGUGACAAGGCAGAGGAAGAGGAGACAAACUGUACACCCCAUCAGACCUCUGAGCUCCUUGAUCCUAACCAUGUUUUGCCCGCUCUAAACAGCUUCAUCGAGCAGCUCAGGUCCAGGAAGAGCCCAGCUCUCCAACACGCCAGUUUUCAGCCAGUAGAAGUCCGAGAUUCUUCAAAGGAUGAAGAAUACUGGGAGAGCAUGGGCAACGUAAUCUCUGAGGACAAAAUGAAACUGUGGGACGAUGCAGAGAACUCCAUGAAGGAUUACCUUGAAGUCCUGACAGAGAUCGCUGUGCUCGUCCCGGAGACUCAGAGUCUGGAGCAGCAGAACGCAGAGCUGAGGAUGCUGCUGCAGCAGUCGCUCACCUCGAGUGUAAGAGUGUGUUUGUGAUGUCGCUCCAGAUAUUCACACUCGUGAAGCA